AUGCCAGUGCUGUUGCAGUGCGCCGCCCUGCGCCUGCUGAGCCGCUCCCGAGCUAUUGCGCUGCCGCUGCGCAGAUCUAUUGCAGUGAGGGAGAGCAGCGCGACCCGGCCACGCCAUCUGCCUGCCCUCCGUGCCGGCGGCGGCGGCGGCGGCAGGGCAGCACUGCACGCGGCGGCGGGGUCAGCCUCCCUGCCCCGGGCAAGUGCCUCCGCGGCGGGGCGUCAGGCUGAAGCCAUGCACCCCGACAGCCCGCAGCAGCAGCAGCAGCGGGAGCAGCAGCUGAAGCAGAAGCACCGCCGGCCUGCACUGUGGUGGAAGGAGCGGCCCUCGUACCGCUGCCCCGCCUGCGGCCAGUGCUGCUUCAGGGUGCCGGCCUUUGAGGCUCACAUCCUGCGCUGCUGCCCCGACGUGGCCCCGCCAGACGAGUGGCGGCAGCUGCUGGACGAUGCAGAGCGGCAGCGGCGGCAGCAGCAGGCGGCGCCGCCAGCCGCACCCGCAGCGGCGGCAGCGGCAGCAGCAGUCGCCGAACCAGACCAGGGACAGCAGCGGAGCAAGGAGCUGAGCCAACGGGGCGAGCAGCAGCAGCCCGGGGAGCAGCGGCGGAGGGGGCAGGCGGCGGCGCCUCGGUUGCCUGUGCACUCUGCCGAUGCCGCCAUCCGCGCCUGGCUCACGCGAGUGCAGCGGCGGGAGGAUGAGCAGCGGGAGCGGGCGCUGGACAUUGCCUUCAGGCAGCGGGGCGCCGACGGCGAGCCGCUGAGGCAGGGGCCUGCCGAGAUCGCGCAGCAGCUGGGCCUGCCGGCGGCGCGUGCGGAGCUGCUGCUGCAGAUACGGGUGCACCUGGCGCAUGCCGGGCACGCCAUCCUGGGUGAUGACCUGUACGGGGCCACAGGCCCCUGGAUUGCCCGCCACGCUCUGCACGCCGCCGCCGUGACCAUCCGCCACCCGCGGUCGGGCGAGCUGCUGACGGUACGGGCGCCGCUGCCUGCCGACUUCCUGGCAGCUAUGGAGCAGCUGGGCCUGCAGCAGCCUGGCACCGGCCCAGGCGCGGCACCUGCCGCAGCCUCAGAUGCAGAGGCGGCGGCGGCCUGA